AUGCACUUACAUUUCUUCGUUAGGCCGACUCGACGUGUGGCUCUUGAUUGUGAAUUUGUAGGGGUCGGCUUAGAUGGUCGCGAAGAUGUACUGGCGCGUGUCUCUCUGGUCAACCAACAUGGCCAAAUCCUGCUCGAUCUAUAUGUCAGGCCUAAGGAACGCGUUGUUGAUUUCCGUACCCGAGUUUCGGGCAUCCGAUCAAGUGACUUGCGCUCAGAUGGACCAGCAGUUACUUUUGAAGAAGCCACAUCGAGGCUAGCGGAACUACUCAAAAACCGGAUCCUAAUAGGUCAUUCUCUUACCAAUGAUUUCAAGUUUAAUCUCCACUAA